AUGGCACUUCGUCCUACCACUGCUCCACAGCGUGUCCCUCUGCCGUCUCCUCCUUCGUCCUCUCUUCCUGACGUCCCAGACCCGCCGUCAGACCUUGCUCGUGCUGCCAGUCCUAUUGUCACCCGUCUUCUAGCCACUGUUGUCACUGACCCUUCGUUUGAGUCCACUGCUGCGUCUUCUCUAGUUGCUGAGCUUGUUGACUUUGCUGCCGCCUGUCGCCUCGACUACGCCGCUAGUCUUGUUGCUGAGUCUGAGUCUGUCUGUCCUCCGUCCGUUGGGGGUGAGUGUGCUCUUGACACGGACGUCCUUGAGGACAGGCAGGAGGACUUUGAGUGUUUUGCAGCUGCUGUACCUCAUCUCGUGUCCAUGCUGAUUGCACGUGAGGGAGACCCUGAUGCACCAGACAUCCCGACCCCGCGCUCUUACGCAGAGGCGAUAGAGGGUCCCUACUUCUCUCAGUGGCAGACAGCCAUGGACGCAGAGAUGGCAUCUUGGAAGGUGAAGCGGCCGCCGGGUUCUCCGCCUGUCUUCAAGGCGUGUUACGUUGCACGAGGCUUCAGUCAGUGA